GAUACCACUAGCCACACAGGUGCCACGGUAUGCAAGGAAAUUUGGUCUUUUUAAAGACUUUGGGAAGCAAAUAGAGAACCACACCAUGGGAGACAUUGGAGAGGAACGCUCGACUGACUGGAGCCUGACCAACGGUCACGGCUACAUUUUGAACCGUGACCGCAGUCAUGCUGCAGCCAGUCGUCUCAAUCUCCAGUUCUACCUGUGGAAGGAUGCGAUGAAAUUCAACAUUCACCCUUCCAUUCGGGCCUCACUGCCCACAAACGCCGCCAUUGCUGACGUGGCAUCGGGAACCGGUAUCUGGCUCAUCGAUACGGCGCGCGAGCUGUCGGAAGAGGCCCAAUUAGAUGGGUUGGAUUAUAAUCUCCAGCAGGCGCCGCACCAAAAGUUUCUGCCCUCCAAUGUCCGAAUGCGGUACUGGAAUGUGUUCGACGACGUCCCUGACGAUCUCGUGGGCAAGUACGAUUACGUCCACACCAGACUGUUGCUCCUAGUCGUCGAGUCGAAGGAUCCUCGACCGAUCAUCCGGAACCUGCGCAAGCUGCUGAAACCUGGCGGGUACUUGCAGUGGGACGAGCUCGACACCGUUCACAUGAGCGUCAAGAAGGCGGAUCCGAAUCUGAACACGCCAGCUUUGGACCAGCUCCGCGACUGGUCAUGGGCGGAUGGCCGCCACGACUGGACCGUCAAACUGGACCAGUUCAUCGCCGAAGAAGGGUUUCAAGAUGUCAAGGCCGAGUUCAUUGGAGAUCCCCCAGAGCUGGCAAGGGCUUUCAACGAGCAGCACCUUCUCACCGCAGAGGAGUUUGCCGAGGGCUUGGUGAAACUUGGGAAGAAAGAGGUGGCGUCGAAAUACUUCAGCCUCGUUGAGGAGGCUUACAACGAGUCUGCGGCUGGAGCUGCUCUCAGCGUGCCGAGAGUCGUAUGUGUUGCGCGAAAGCCGCUUUAAGCACAUGCACGCCGCGGAUGCGUCUU